AUGAUUCAUUACACUCAAUCUGUUUGUUUAUUUUUUUUUUUUUUCAGGCAAUCCGGCAUCUCCCUUAUUAUAGCAGGGCUAGUUGUCCAUGUGGUAUUCUUCAUAUCCAUCUUUGAUAUCUAUUUCACAUCACCGCUGGUGCAUGGAAUGACACCAUUCCAGACACCACUGGAGCCGCCAUCUAAAAGACUGGUGUUGUUUGUAACUGAUGGUUUGAGAGCUGAUAAAUUCUUUGGAGCUGAUAGAAGUACAGCUCCGUACAUGAGAGAUGUGAUAGAAAAGCGUGGUGCGUGGGGGAUAUCCCACACCAGGGUCCCCACCGAGUCUCGCCCAGGUCAUGUGGCACUUAUUGCAGGAUUCUAUGAAGAUGUUAGCGCUGUGGCCAAAGGAUGGAAAGAAAACCCAGUUGAGUUUGACUCUGUUUUUAAUGAAAGCCAAACAACUUGGUCUUGGGGAAGUCCAGAUAUUCUUCCAAUGUUUGCAAAAGGUAAAGGUAUAAAGUGCAGGUGUGGAGUGUAUUUUAUCCACGAAUUUUUUGAAGAAGCAAAAAGAAAUGCCUCUCUAGCAAGGCUUCUAUCCCAAGAUCGUAUUGUGUUGUUUUUGCAUCUGUUGGGUCUGGAUACAUGUGGACAUUCUCAGAAACCUCACUCAGAAGAGUAUUUGAGAAACAUACGUAUUGUGGAUGAAGGCAUAAAAAAUAUAAGCCAAGUUGUAGACAGUUAUUUCCAACAAGAUGGCAGAACUUCUUAUAUUAUGACAGCAGACCAUGGCAUGACGAACUGGGGUUCCCAUGGCGCUGGCCACCCCCACGAGACGCUGACCCCCCUAGUGGCCUGGGGUGCUGGGAUUAGAAGAGCCGUGCCACCUACCUCACAAGAUGGAUACAGCGACACUUUCUCUGAAGAUUGGAAUUUAUCACAUUUAAAAAGAAGUGAUGUCAAUCAGGCUGAUAUUGCCCCUCUAAUGUCCUCCCUGAUAGGCAUAGCUUUCCCACUGAAUUCUGUGGGACUGCUUCCAUUAGACUACCUCAACAACACAAUGGAGUAUAAGGCCAAGAGUAUUUUUGCCAAUGCUCAACAGAUACUGGCCCAGUAUCAGGUUAAAAUGUCACAGAAACAGGAGACAACCCUGUCAGCUUUAUUUAAACCAUUCAUGCCCCUAACAUUGUCCAAGCAGGCAGACAAAAUGAGAUCAAUAAGAAGUGACAUUCAGACAGAGAAGUUUCAGGAGGCUAUUGACCAAUCAAAGGAAUUGAUACAAUUGGCUUUGGACGGUCUGACCUAUUAUCAUUCAUAUGACAGAUUCUUCCUGGGUGUCAGCGUUGCCUUUGGAUUUUUGGGCUGGAUGGCGUUUGUGUUCACUCUCAUCAUCCGCGAUCACACAGAUAUUUCUAAACACCGCACCAAGAUGGAGCUGUCGGACCUUCCAGUGUGGAGAACAGAGAGAGGUCUGGCAGUGGUGUUUGCAGCUGUUGCCAUGACUGUGAUUAUACUGCUAUUUGUUCAGAGUCUGCCAUUCAGCCACUAUGUGUAUUGCCUGCUGCCUGUUAUAUUGUGGUGGGAAGUCAUAAGAAGGAAUACAAUAUUGGAAGAUGCUUGGAAGAAUGGGAUUAAAAACAAUGUUUUAACAGUGCUGCUUAUUCUGGGUAUAGGAGGUGGCGGACUAGAGAUUAUUGUAAUGGGUUUCUUUCGCCGUGAGUUGCUGUCAGUAGGGUUUAUAUCAAUGGCCGUGUGGCCAUGGGUUUCUUCUACUUCCAAAGCACACAGAAAGACUGUAUUAGCCUGGAGUAUAUCAUGCAUUUUAGUGGCUAUAUUUCCAAUGAUGCCUGUGGUAGGCAGGGGUGCUAACUACUCUCUAGUCACUUUAGCAGGUGUUUUGGCCUUGGUGUGUGCUGUUAUGUGUCUAUGGGGCUUGAAAUCAUCAGGGAUGGGAAUUACUGGCCAUGAAAAGUAUAUAAAUUUAGGGAUCCUACCUUACAUUCAGAUGGGGGUUAUCUUUGCAUCCGUCUUAAUAGUCACCACCACAGCAUGGAGUAUCAGCAACAAGGAGGGGCUGCCAUUGGUCAAUCAACUGGGCAGUUGGACAAUAUUAGGGUUGUCCAUUAUUCUUCCUCUGUUCAGUGCCACACAGUUGUAUCACAGGUUGUACAGUAUAGCCAUGGCCUUGUUUGCACCAUACCUCUUAAUGAGCACAGCCCAUGAAGGCAUGUUUUGUCUGGCUUUGUGUUUGCUGUUGUUUUCCUGGCUGCAGAUGGAGUAUAAAUUGGCUCAGACAGAAAAGAGCAUCAGUGAUGGUCACAAGCAGCUGGUCAGGGCUCUGGACAAAGUGGACUUCAGCCAGAUGGACACUGUAGAAAGACACCUGAUCCAAGCUGACCUGCGAUGUGCCUACUUCUUUGUUUUUCUGAUCAUCUCUGCCUUCUUUGGCACUGGUAAUAUCGCCAGCAUUAACAGCUUUGACCCAGCCUCCGUCUACUGCUUCCUGACUGUGUUCAGUCCUUUUGUCAUGGGAGCUCUCAUGCUGUGGAAGAACCUGAUUCCGUUCCUCCUUGUGACGUGUACCUUCCAUGCUAUCCACCUGAGCCUGCAGGUGCCCACCAAGAGUCUGUUUCUUGUGGUACUGCUCAUGUCAGACUUUAUGGGUUUGCAAUUCUUUUUCAUGGUCCAGGAUCAUGGCAGCUGGCUGGAGAUAGGAACCAGUAUAAGCCACUACGUGGUAGUCAUGUGCUCCAUCAUAUUCCUUAUAAUGUUCUUGGGACUAGCCACCAUUUUGACUUCAUGGAGAAUUGGUCCUAAACAGACUGGGAAGAAUCUCUGAAAGUGUCAAGUUUUGUUUUGAUUGUCAUUCCAAAGAAGGUAAUGGCUUCCAAUCCAUGGUACUUUAAAUUGAAAUUAUUAUUCAAGAAUCCGUGACUUUCCACCAGAUUGACUUCAUACAGUGCUGGGCCCAGUAGUUGAAAGGUUUAUAGUUUUUUGUUUUUUUUUUAAUUUACCCAGAGAGAGCUUCACGCAUUGGUAAACCACAGUUGUGCAGCUAUAACUGAUGUACACCUUCAUAACUAUGUGUCAGUUUUUCUCUCCAGAAGGGAUCAUACAGACAUUUUAUAGUUCUUCUGGUCUUAGCAGCCAUAAUAAUAAUAAUAAUGAUAAUAUUAUAGAGAGCAUGAGUCAGUGUGAUAAUGACUGGGUUUUUGUUAAUUUAUUAUUUUUUGUUUUGUUGUUUUCAGAGACUGUUUCUGUGACCAAACAGACAAUCUAAUGAUUUUAAAAUUGUUAUGACAAAUGCUCUGAAGGUAGAAAUAUAUCUUGUUUUAAGUGUGAUAUUGAUAGAGAAAGUUCUUUGUUUGUUUUGAAAGAUUAUUACUGCAGUCAAGUAGACAGUGUGACUGAGAAGUCUUGGGAAUAAAUACCAGAAGUAGAGGAAGAAAUGUGUAUCCGUCUUCAAAGUAUAUGGAUCAAGAUCUUAGUGCAUAGUGAAAGUUAACAUUUUUUUUCUAAUUAUUUUAGGUUAAUUUAUUUUCAUAAGUUCUUACUACAAAACUGUUCGGUUUUGUUAAGAGUUUGACAGUGGAAUACCUCAUCAAGUGACAGUUAGAUUAUGAUCCAUUUGUAAAGGAAAAAAUGAAAGAAUGAUGUAUUGUCCUAUAUUGGUAUUUUUUUUUGGGUAGUUAGUGACAAGCCAAGACUGAAGUUCUGAGAUUUUUAGAAAUUUUAAAUGGAACAAUCCUCUCCUAUGAUUUAUUUAUUUUACAGAUUUUUGUUGUAGAUUUAAGUCAGGUUUUUUUUUUCAUUUGUAUGUGUUUAACUAAUCAGAUUUUAUUUGAUCUCAUUGCAAUGAUAGUCUUAUCAAGAACAGAACAUUUGGUACUCAGUAUCCAAAUAAAGGUUACUUCUUGA